CGCGUGACGGUCGGAGAUGUCCCGGAAGAGGCAGCCGCAGGCGAGCGCCGGCCCGCGGCGCGCCGGCGGUGGUGGAGGGGGUGAGCCUAGUGGGAGCACAUCGUGCUUCUCCCUGCCCCAGCGCCCCGCCGAGCCGAAGCGGCAGAGGAUCGCCCUUCGCGAUGUCAACACGGAGGUGAUGCAGAACACCAUUGCGCUCGAGCCCCUCGCCAGGAGAGUGGAAGAAUUUGACAAGGGCAAUUGGACCGAAGAAAAUACACAGAUACUAUGUGAUCUUGUUGUUGAACAGAUUAGGGAAGGAAACUAUCUUCAUGGCCACAUGAAAAAUACAGCUUACAAGGUCAUGGCUCAAAAGUAUUAUGAAUGCACUAACCUUUUCCAUGCACCAAAGCAACUUGAAAAUAGAUACAACCAGUGCGAGGCUAUGUACCAGUGGAUCAAUUGGGCCGAUGGUGAACCUGGAUUAUGUCGGGGAGACAAUGGAAGCAUAAUAGCAGAUGAUGGUUGGUGGGAAAACUAUACACAGGGAAAGUACUCUGAGUGUAAAAAAUUCAAAUAUGGCAUGCCUUCUUACAUUGACCAACUAGCAGAGAUGUUCGGUGUAACAACAGUUGAUGUUUGGACUUCAUAUGUUGCUGGAGAAAGUGAGGAACCAACAUAUGGUAAUUUGGACAUGGGUGAGGAGGAGGAUGAAGUAGAUAUUAGGAGUCCAUUGAGCAGCAGUAGUAAGAAGAGGACUGGCAGCAAUACUGAUACAGCCAGUAGUCCUCCUAGGAAGCAUAAAAGUCCAAUGAUUGAAUGCGAAGCUUUGAUAGACACCCUACAAUCUUUAAACUCCAAAGACUUGGAUGUGGCCAAACAGAUACAAGAAGACCACAUAGCUAAAAAUAAGAAGUUAGAACAGGAAAAAGAGAAUAAGGAGAUAGAUAAAUGUUUCGAACUGGCCAAAGAAUGUGGAGCAACUGAGGAGACAGAGGAGUUCUAUGUAGCCACUAGGAUCUUUGCAGAAAGAUACUACCGUUAUGUCUUCAUCAAAAUGACUACAGAUGCAGGGAGAAUGGCUUGGUUGAAGAAGUGGUGCAGGGAUUGGACUGGUUGAAGCAUGUUUCAGUUAUAUUUUAUUUGUGUUGAGCAUCAUUUGUCAUGUUGUGAACCAUUUGUGUUAAGAACCUUUAUUCCUAUCAUCAUGCUGUGAACAAUCUUUAAGAUAGUUUAUGGGCUUGGGCUUGUGAA